AUGAGUCAAACACGUAUUGAAAAUAUGUGUCCCACGACCCAUCUUCGGGUUAUGCUUCCAUCUGCAAUUGAAUCCAAUCAUCUGCCACCAACUUACAUUGAUAUCAAUGGUCAUAACUUGGACAUUCCGCCACCUCAGCCAGACUUUUCUGCACCACCUCCAUAUGAUGUGGCUGCUAACUCAAAGCUUCCAACUUAUGAAGAGGUCCAGCGAGAAAAGCAGUUGGAAGGUGAAGGACCUCAGCUGCCACCGGCGCACCCCACAAUUGCAGCUUUCGUGACUGUCGAACCAAGGGAACCAACAGCUGAACCUCUCGACCCUGAGAAUAAUCUGCUUGGCACUGACAUUAUGUUCCUAACUUCCUUCCUUGUGGCUUUUCUCUUCAACUGGAUCGGCUUCUUGCUGCUCAUGUGCUUCUGUCAUACGGUGGCCAGUCGCUACGGUGCCUUGGCCGGCUUUGGCCUGUCCCUCGCCAAGUGGACACUUAUCGUGAAGCAUUCCACUGAGCUCGCGUCCCACGAGAACUCCUGGCUUUGGUGGCUGAUUAUGGCUUUUGGAAUUCUCAUCUGCGUCCGUGCAAUUAUACAAUACUUGAAUAUCAAACGUGGCUGGCGUCUACUCUCUGGCACGGCUCAAGAGCGACUGCUUUUCUUCUAUUAA